GGCGAGUCUCAGGGUGGGCUCUCCCCACCCUCCACCUCUCCACGUCCUUCCCCGGACCUUGGAGGUCCUGAUCCUGGAAGCAAAUUGGGAAAAUUUGAGGCGUGACUCUGGCACUAUUUAAGCGGCUCCAAAGGAGUCAAGUCAGAGCUAUCGCUGGGGACGAUUCUUCUUCAAUUCCCCUUCCCGCCCCAGCUUUAUUUCCCCCCUUCCCUUUUUAAGAAAAAGGUGUGGUUCCUUCCAAGAUGGAUUCUUUCCCCCCAUUCAAGCACCGAAAAACCUUCGCCUCCAGGAAAAGUGAAGUGGCCACGAUCCGGAUGAAGUUUCCUGGCAAACUGCCGAUAAUCCUGGAGCGCUACCCCAAGGAGAAAAUGUUGCCAGCCUUGGACAAGACCAAGUUUCUGGUUCCUGAAGACCUCACCAUGGGCCAGUUCAUCACAAUCAUCCGCAACCGAAUGUGCAUCGGGUCCACUCAGGCAUUCUACUUCCUGGUUGACGGCAACUGCAGCCUCGUCAGCAUGUCUUCCACCAUGUCUGAAGUGUACAUGACGUACAAAGAUGAAGAUGGCUUCCUCUAUAUGACCUAUGCCUCUCAGGAGAUGUUCGGCUGAUGGCAAAUGGGUCGCCUUCCUUUGGAUCCCAAGUUCCUUGUUUAUUUUGUCUGGGAGAUGUGAUCACCUGCAUUUUGGACACCACCUACCUCUUCUUUCUCCCCACCCCACCAGAUGAUGGUUUUCUUGGAACGUAGCUUUUGAUCUACCGAAACUCACCCCCACCUCCUUGCAGUUGCCCCGGUAUCUCAACCUCCUUGAGAAAGAGGUACCCCACAAACCGCACCUUUCUUAGUACCGCCAAGGCAUGGCCUUCCUAAGCACGCACUACGUCAAAGUCCUUCCCGGCCUUCGCUUCUGCUCCCAGGUUGAUACAGUAGGAGACUGCUUUGAUGGUCAGGGAUGGGCAUGAACCAGUGACCUUCCCAAUGUUGGGCUCCCAACUCUCAUCAGCCUGGCUCAACGGUCAGGAUGGCAGGAGAUGUAGUUCAGCAACACCAGGAAGCAACACCCUCUCCUUCAAUUCGGAGGUGGUGGCUGGUUAUAUUAUUGCUCCCCUCCCAUACUCCCCAUUACCAAGUCCAUAAACGGAGAUGGCCUCCGAUACUCUUUCUUUUGACACCCAGGGAUGAUGGCUCCAGGGGUAGCCUGUGUGGUGAGGGUUUUGCCCGCUGGAAUGAGAUCAUCUCUUGGAUCUCCUGUGGCAGAUGGGCCAGUGCAGCCUUCUUUUUCAUGGCCCAACCACAAGGUUUCAUGUGCAGAGGUGAAGGGGAUCUGUUUUUUUCUAUUUAAUUGCAAGUAUUAAGACUUCUGAAAAAGGGAACAGUGGAACAACUGGGUUUAAAAUGUAAAAUUACGGUUUACUGUAACAGGGGGGAAAUGUCACUUUGUUCAACACUUCAAUUACUUUGUACCUUGCAUGUUAAAUCUACUACUCUUGAGUAGAAAAUACAGUUUGAAAACAUG